CACACCCUGCGGGCCACAUCCCCUCCCCUCUGUCGUAUUCAUUCUUCCCAACUCUUGUAUUGUUAUUGUCAUCUUCUCAACAUCUACACGACAUUUCUUGAUACCUGUCUCUCGUUCUACAGUGCGUCUGUUCUGCGCAUACAUCCUUUCGCCACCAGUCUUCACUGAAUCCUACGGGCCCCGGAGUCGACCAUUUCCGAAACCACAAUAGCCGUCUCGAUCGAAAUCCUCACCAGCGAGCAACAGCAGCACUCCGCGAAGCCUACAACAGAUCGACCGGCCGAUCGUACCUGCGCACUAUACCUACAAAUCAUACCUACCAACAUCUCGCGACGAGCUCAUUGCCCUCUAUCCCGAAGCGCUCGUAAGGCUCAAGCAUCGCAAACGAGCCCGGACCAAACCUCUACGACUCCAACAAGCACGACCAUAUAUUCAUAUAAACCAUGUCUUCCUCAAGUGCGGCCGAUACCUCGACUAGCCCCAUCAACAUCGGCGACUCCUUGAAUGGCGGAGUCAUUGCAGGCAUUGUCAUCGUAAUCAUCGUCGCAGUGCUCGGCAUGGCCGCAGCUUUUGUCUUCCUCUGCGGCGGAUGCACAUGCUGUUGCAAGAAGAGGCGCAAGGAGAAGGUCAGCGACUUCUUGGACGACAGAAAUGCGUACGACGCGUGGAGUUCAAAGGUCUCCUUGAGCACAGCAGGCAUGGGAUACGAGCUUUCGGAACCACCGCGAGUCGCAACAAGGGAAGGAAACAUGGACUUUGUCAUGUCUCAAAACUCGGUGGACGACAAUGGGCGAUCAUACCACCAGUCAAGACUCAGCGGCUGGAAGGGUUCGCAGCGGGCGUAGAGUCGUUGUGCUGGUGUGGGGAUAUACUGGACGAUCUAGAUCGAGAGGCGAAUUUGGCAAGAUUUUUGAAGACAUUGACCAUACAUCGAAGUAUGUACCAGUCAGUGAAGGGACUCGUGCUCCAUUGAAUUCAUGGCGCGAGAAGGUGAUCUGAUUUUAUCUGGCGUUGCGACAAUGGAAUUUGGAGAGGACGGAUUUGACGGCAAUUGGAUC